UGGUGUUGCACUUUGUUAGAUAAAAACUUGAAGAUAUUUCUAACAAUGACGCAGCCGCCACCAAAACCAUGGGAAAGACGGAUUCCAGGAGCUAUGAAUACACCUUUAAACUAUCGCUCCACAGACUUUGGCUCUGCAGCUGCAAGCGUGCAGUCAACCUCAGGUCCUCCAGUGCUGACCCGGAUGCCUCCCCCGGUUCCCCCUAGACCAGUGGCGCAAUCAUACCGUCCAGCCUACAACUCCUUCCCUUCCUCUUACAGCCCUUAUGGGAGCUCUCUGUAUGGGGGCUACAGUCCAUACAGCUAUGGGGGGUAUGGCAUUGGUGGAGGCCUGGGUUACAACCGCUAUCGGAUGGAAGAUAUCCCACCAAGUCGUUUCGUCCAGCAGGCAGAGGAGAGCAGCCGUGGUGCAUUCCAGUCUAUCGAGAGCAUUGUUCACGCCUUCUCGUCCGUCAGCAUGAUGAUGGAUGCCACUUUCUCUGCCGUCUACAACAGCUUCCGUGCUGUUUUGGACGUAGCCAAUCAUUUCUCUCGCCUACGUAUCCAUUUUACUAAGGUACUGUCAGCCUUUGCCCUGGUGCGCACCUUGCGUUACCUCUACCGCCGGCUCCAGAGGCUGCUGGGUUUGAGGCAGGAUUCGGAGGUGGAGGACUUGUGGGCAGACAGCGCGGCGUCUUCAGUGGUGUCUGUGUCUGGAGCCAGGGGGGCAGGGAUGGAUGAUCCAAGAGCAAAUACUAUCAAGUCUUGGCCCAUUUUCUUGUUUUUCGCUGUCGUUCUCGGAGGUCCUUACCUGAUAUGGAAGCUCCUGAGCUCUGCUGAGGGGCCAGAAGAAAAUGCCACAAACUGGGCCAGUGGGGAGGAUGACCACGUGGUUGCCAGGGCAGAGUAUGACUUCACAGCUGCUUCUGAAGAAGAAAUCUCACUCCAGGCAGGAGACAUGCUCAAUCUGGCACCCAAAGAGCAACAGCCCAGAGUGCGAGGCUGGCUCCUGGCCAGCGUGGAUGGGCAUACCACUGGGCUUGUCCCUGCCAACUACGUGAAGAUCCUUGGCAAGAGGAGAGGCAGGAAACAUGCAGAGAUGGCAAGAGUUGCACAGGAGCAGCAGGCCCAACAGCAAGCUUUCCAGACACCCCAGGGAACCCUGUCCACAGCCUCAGCCCCCACCUCUAUGUCAGUCUUCCCAACCAGAGACCCUGAGGAGCUGCUUGAAUCUGUCUAUCAAGAGACCCCAACACCAUACAGCAUAGUGUCUCCACCACAAUCUAACAGCAGUAUAGACGCUGCAGUCAUAACACCUCAGAAUAUUGACCUGUGAACCACGAGCACUGAGACAUGUAUGAAGCUAGUAAUGUAUGUCUUAGUAGCGCCCAACGUGUGUGUAUGCAGUUCCAUCUUUGGGAUGGCCAGUCAGGAUGGGCUUUGUUCAGCUUUGUCGCAUGAGUGAUAGAGGGUGAAAAACUUUUCAGAACCAUGAAAUGAGAGGUGCUUUUCACACAUGUCCUACUGAGUUUUUCAGGUUGCUCCUGGAAUGUGUAAACAGCAUGGUUUAUUAAGUAGAUAUAAAAGAGGUAGACAUCAGAGUGUAUUGUCAUUUGAACAUCAUUAUUGACGAAGGGCACUUUGAGUUGUUGGUAUAAUUUAUCCUGUCCUUUUUCCCUGAAUGUUUUUUUCUUUUUGCUGGGCAUAAGUAAACUGUGGAUAUCAGACAUGCUUGUAUUAUCCAGAUAUUUAACACUUUACAGGUUUUCAGCAAUUUGAAGUGGAAGAAAGCCAUGACCGUGUCCCCAUGUUGUUCAUUUGGACUUAAGUGGUUGGUUUGAUGAUCUGCCAGUUGAAUGAAUUACUGUUUUAAAAUUAGUCAUUUUAAAUUGGUUGAAAAUUUAUUCAAAUAGCACAUGUUAAUUGAUAUUGAAAUAGUAAUUGAGAUAAAAUUUAGUGUUUUGGUGAUUUAAGAUGUUUUGUUAUGACAAGACAAUUAAGUUGACACAAUUUUGUGCUGCAUAGAUUUGAUAUCUGAAUGUAUAAAAUGCCUUUGUGUGCCCUCACAUUUUUGAUAUGGAAUAAUUUAUGCACUUUCUCCGUCACCAUGCUCUAGUUAUAAUUUGUUUUCUCUCAUUAAGGAUUAACACUUGUACAAUAUUGUAAAUAUAAGCAGUUGUUU